AUGGCAGCACCAAAUAUUACCUUCAUAUCUGAUAUGUAUGUAACUAGGGAUGACUUGACUUUCAAGCUUCGUGUCAUAAACCUGUGGCAUCAAAUGUCUUUCUACAACAAAAAUGAAAUUUGGUCAAUUGAAAUGAUCUUACUGGAUGAACAUGGGAACAAAAUCCAAGCAAUGGUAUCCAAACGAAACUUAUAUCGCUUCAAAAAUGUAGUAAAGGAUGGGAUGACAUUUUACAUCAAAGGUCCAAACUUUGCAGCAUUGAAGACGGGUAGUUUUAAGUUAACUCCUCAUGAUCAGAAAUUCACAUUCGUCCAACAAACUGUUGUUACAGAGUGUAACAAUUUUUCUAGAUCUCUGUUUGGGUUUUCAUUUGUUGAUUAUCAAGCCGUGUUAUCAUUGACCCAUCCUCAAGAUACAUCUGUUGAUGUUAUGGGUUUGGUUGUUGCAAUUGCUGAGAUACAACAAGGUGAUCCAGAGAAAUCAAAACACAGGCUGAACAUUCGCAUCCAAGAUGCAAACGGUUUGCAACUUCAUGUCAAUUUGUGGGGUGAAUAUGCGUACAAGAUGCUUGAUUAUAUAAAUAACAAUCCAGACAAUCGUCGCAUCGUUGUUAUUCUUCAGUUUGAUCGUCCAAGUGUAAACACCUACUUUACCUCUUCCAAGUUGUUCAUUAACUCUGACAUAGAUGAAAUUACCAAUUUCAACAAAAGUUUGGAUGGAGAUGAUCGUCCCGAUUCAUCUACAAAUACAUUUUCGAUUAUUCCAUCCAAUCAAAAUUCUGCAUAUGAUGAUUUUAUGGUAAAAAAUAACCUGAAGGGUAUCGCUGAGGUUUGGGAACCAGUCGAGCGUGGAGACGAUCUUGGUUUAUAUUCGGGGGAAAUUAAUGCAUUGAAAGGUUUGAAAUUGGCCUUUAAAAUUUCUGUUACAAUAUUCAACGUGUCCAACAAAAACAACCAAUAUGGUAUUGCUAGAAUAAGUGAUGAUGAGACUUUAAUCGAACAACUUGAAAAUAAGUUCACCGAGUCACAGGAUGCAGUUUCUGGCACGGACGAUAACAUAACUCCUUCCACUAUCGAGAAAAACGACACAACAAGUCCAAUGAAUAUUUUGAACACAACACCGGUCUUAAAGCGAAAUUUGGAAGAAGUUUUCGAUUUAGAGAUAAAUGAUCACUUAUCUACAACCAAAACUCUAAAAAUAUCUCCAGAUGGUCCAGGAAAACAAUUGUUGAAAGUAAAGCUGGAGAAAAAUGACUGA